AUGGUAUUGGAUGACGCCAUCGAAAUCGACGAUGCUAUCGGAAAGUCCAAUGACAUCGACGUUGCAGACGCUAAAGAUCCCGACGUGAAAUCCAUACAGUCAAGAAAAACAACUAGGACAAAUAACACUAACGUGAGUGAGGGCGAGGGUAGUUUGUUGGACACGGUGCAGAAUAGUAUACUCUCACUCAUGGCUAUGGACUGUUUCCCCCGAUUCCUGGUCAGCAAAUAUGGCAACAACUACAUCAGAAGCCUCGCAGUUAGGAAUGAGGGCAAUGAUGAUGAAUUCAUAAAUCAGCUGAACGCAUUCCAGGCAAAGGCGAAGUCAGUGUCCAAAUCAGACCCCACACAAGCAUGGCUUACGAAGUUCAUUUGCAUGGCUUACAUGCUUCCGUUCAGCGUGACCAUCUCCACCCGUGUGAAGGACCCGGGACCCGAAGGCACAUUCCCCCUUUCCUUCGUAAACCCUGAAUUCACAAGAGUGACAGGUUACACGCACGAUGAGACAGUCGGACGCAAUUGCCGCUUCCUACAAGGACCAAAGACAGAGCCAGAAGCUGUAGAAAAACUUCGAGUGGGUAUUAGAGAUGGAACAAAAAUACACACAAGCAUAACCAAUUACUGUAAGGACGGAGAAGAAUUCACGAACUUGCUAACCUUGCAUCCAGUAUUUGACAAAAAGGGAGUACAUCAAUUCGUGGUGGGUGUUCAAUACGAUAUCUCUGAUCUGACGGUGUCUAAGAUUGCGUCGCUCUCGACGAUCUUGGAUUUCCUUUCCGAGAAGAUGGAGGUGUAGACAAGUGCCAGUAUCUGAAGGAGACGCGAAUGCGAUAUAUAGUGACAAAGUCGACUACUUACCACUACUGGCUUCGGAGGAAGAGUCAGUUGAAGUUGCAAUGAACACGGAGGACUCAGUAUCUAAUGUGUAUCACCUCCAUAGUAGAGCUGCUUGUAUAACAAUGAACACAGUUCGUACCUCGUGCGUGUGUACAUUUACACUUGAAAAUAUUAAAGUCAGUGCCAUGG